AUGGCUCGUCACAGGUUGAGAAAAAUAAACGUAAACCGUAAACAAGUUCUUCGCAGCACGAAAGUUAUCCCACAGACUUGGAAAGUAAUUUCGCGAGUAUCAAAAAGGAGCGAUUCCGCGAUGAGCCCGCCGCCCCCCGCUCAGCAUGACAAAAGUGGCGCUACACUCGGCGUUCUUAAACAGUCGCUAGUUGGAAGCGAAUGGAAGUGUACACGCGGAAUGGAACGCGAUCGAAUUGGAAUGUGGGGUACCGGCGAGGGGGAAGCCCUCAGCAAAUUGUCAGGCCUCGACCGCCUCCGUCAUCCUGGACUCAAUAAGGGAAUGGCAUUCACAAUUGAGGAGCGUCAAACCCUUGGCAUCCACGGUCUCCUGCCAGCUAGAGUGAAGACUCAGGACGAGCAAGUCCAGAUGUGCAAGCUCUCUAUUGACAGAUAUGAAGACCCUCUUAACAAAUACAUCUAUCUUAUGGGUCUUCUUGAUCGCAAUGAGCACCUAUUCUUCCGCCUCGUCGCAGAGAACGUAGCCGAGAUGAUGCCAAUCGUGUACACCCCAACCGUGGGUCUGGCCUGUCAGAAGUUCGGCUUGGUGUACCGCCGCCCUAGGGGACUUUUUAUUACCAUACAUGACAAGUGUCACGUUUAUGAUGUGCUCAAGAAUUGGCCCGAAACAGACGUCCGCGCCAUUGUAGUAACCGACGGAGAGCGUAUUCUCGGUUUAGGUGAUCUGGGCGCUUGCGGUAUGGGUAUUCCUAUCGGCAAGCUGGCUCUGUACACGGCGCUCGCAGGCAUCAAGCCUCACCAAUGCCUGCCUAUCACAUUGGAUGUUGGUACAAACACCCAAACAAUGCUAGACGAUCCUCUGUACAUCGGCCUUCGUCAGCGUCGCGUGCGUGGCAUGGAGUACGACGAAUUCAUCGACGAAUUUAUGGACGCCGUCGUUCGGCGCUUCGGACAGAACUGUCUCAUACAGUUCGAGGACUUUGCGAACGCCAACGCCUUCAGACUACUCGCCAAGUACCGCGGCAAGUACUGCACUUUUAACGAUGACAUCCAGGGCACAGCAGCCGUCGCAGUCGCCGGGCUGGUGGCCAGCUUGAGGAUUACCAAAAAGAAAUUGUCAGAGAACACAAUUGUGUUCCAAGGAGCAGGAGAGGCGGCACUGGGUAUCGCGGAGCUGUGUGUGAUGGCUAUGAAGACAGAAGGCACUUCGGACGAAGAUGCUCGGCGUCGCAUCUUUAUGGUCGACUCCAAGGGUCUUAUCGUAAAGAACAGGCCAGAGGGAGGUCUUAACGAACACAAGGAGAAGUUCGCCCAAGCACGACCACCCGUAAAGACCUUGGCCGAAGUCGUUGAUAUUGCGAAACCUUCUGUUCUUAUUGGUGCGGCGGCCAUUGGCGGCGCGUUCACGGCGGCCAUCUUGCGCAAGAUGGCCGAGUUCAACGAGCGUCCCGUCAUCUUCGCGCUGUCAAACCCCACAAGCAAGGCCGAGUGCACCGCUAUCGAGGCUUACUCCAACACUGACGAGCGUGCGGUGUUCGCGUCUGGCUCUCCCUUCCCUGAGUAUCGCACGAAGAGUGGAGCGGUGCUGAAACCAGGACAGGGCAACAACUCCUACAUCUUCCCCGGACUCGCGCUGGGCAUCAUCAGCGCUGGCAUCAUCGACAUCACCGAAGACUUCAUGUUACUCGCUGCCGAGGCAUUAUCUGAAAUCGUAACUGACGAGGACCUGGCACAAGGUUCAUUGUACCCACCGCUGACAGAAAUACAGAAUUGCUCCGUUAAGAUAGCUAAAAAGCUUGUCGAACACGCCUACAAGUGCAACAAAGCGUCAGUGCAGCCCCAACCGGCAGACACGGAGGCAUUCAUCCGCGCGCAAAUGUACGAUGAUCGGUACACAAACGCGCUUCCGCAGGUGUACGCGUGGCCGGAAUCCUCGCCCCGCGUCGACAUGCUGUAG